GCCAGGGCACCUCCGCGGGACACCCGGGACCGAGUGGAACCCAGCCCAGCACGCUUCCUUCGGAAGGAAGCACCCGGCUGUACGACCCCGCUCCGGCUGUGCGGGGCCGCGGGCGGAAAGCGGCUGCCAGGCCCGGCCCGGGCACCCGGGGCAGAGGACACCCGGGGCAGAGGACACCCGGGGGCGGGCCGCUGUGUGGGUUGCGGAGCCGCUCCGAGAGGCGGGCCCGGACCGGACGACUCAGCGGCGGCUGCCCGAUUCUUAGGGUCAUGUGGAAUACUGUCGCUUUGUGCUCCCUUGGCAGACUGCCCCCCCCAGCCACAUCUCCGCUGCUCCCAAGGUUACAAACCUUAAACCGCGUGUUCGAAAGAAAGUAUAAGGACUUGUGUCAUGGUAAACAGCCCGCACACCUCCUGCAGAGUCAGGGCUUGGAAGGGACACGCGACAUGCUGCCCUGCCGUUUAGUAAGUAAUAAAGCAAAAUAUAGACGGUAUACAAAAACUUACCCUGUUUUAGAUGGACGUAUCCUGUCUGUGUAUCGACAUGUGUUUGAAGAAAAUUUAAGGAACAGUGAGGCUGUUAUUAAAAGAUAUUCAGAGUUGCUAGAGAUGGCCAGUAGAGGAGGGGGAGAAAAUGCCAUCUUGCGUCAUACUCAGAGAAACAAGAAGCUGUUUGUUCGUGAACGCCUGAAGUUGCUACUUGAUGAUGAGUCUUUUCUGGAGCUGUCUCCGCUGGCAGGCCUCAGUAUGCCGUAUGGUGAUGUCCCUGCUGCGGGGUGCCUUACUGGAAUUGGCAAAAUCUGUGGAGUCUGGUGUGUCUUCAUGGCAAAUGAUGCAACCGUGAAAGGAGGAACUAUUUACCCAGUUGGAGUGAAGAAACAAUUAAGAGCUCAAGAAAUAGCCAUGCAGAACAGACUGUUGUCUGUGUACCUUGUGGACAGCGGGGGAGCGUUCCUACCACUACAGUCAGAGCUGUUUCCUGACAAGUUGCAUGGUGGCAGAGUUUUCUACAACGAAGCAAUAAUGUCUGCCAUGAGAAUUCCUCAGGUGGCAGUGGUGUGCGGCUCCUGUGUAGCUGGAGGUGCCUAUGUUCCAACCAUGGCAGAAGAAACUGUGAUUAUAGAUAAAAUCGGUACGCUGUUCCUUGCUGGCCCACCUCUGGUAAAAGCUGCUACAGGAGAAUAUGUCUCUCCCGAGGACCUAGGAGGAGCCAAACUUCACUCUAAAGUCAGUGGCUGUAGUGAUCAUUUUGCAUCUUCAGAAAAGGAAGCCUAUGAAUGUAUUCGAAAUGUUAUCUCAACGUUAAAUUAUGAUCCGCUGCCAGAGGAGGCCGUUGAGCAUGACAGUCCUCUGUAUAGUUCUGAUGAGCUUUUGGGGCUGGCACCGCAAGAUUAUAGGUGCACUCUUCCUGUAAAAUUGAUUCUGAGCCGCUUGAUGGAUGGAAGCAGGUUCCAGGAAUUCAAGGCUAAUUAUGGAACAACAUUAGUAACGGGAUUUGGCCAUGUGGAAGGGCACUUGGUGGGGAUCGUGGCUAGCAACGGGGAGCUGUCUCAUGAUGCUUCUCUCAAGGGGAGCCAUUUCGUACAGCUGUGCAGUCAGCGGAGCAUUCCCAUCCUCUUUUUCCAAAAUACUGCUCCACACACAGCAGAGCCAACAAGCAUCUCACAGGCAGAGGCUCACUCCAACAGAUUAAAAGCCCAGGCCUCCAUGAUGGCUGCUGUUGCUUGUGCUGCUGUUCCCAAAAUAACCAUCGUGAUCGGUGGCUGUUACGGGAGUGAAAGUUAUGUUAUGUGUGGGAGAUCGUUCAGUCCAAACUUUCUGUUCUUGUGGCCUAAUGCAAGAGUUGCUCUGGUGGAUUCAAGACAUUUCUCCACAGUCCCACGAGCUGGGGACAAUGACUGUACAGGAGAUGAAUCAGAGCUAAAACAUCUGAAAGAGAAGCUAGAGGAAGAAAGCAGUGCAUUUUACUCCUCUGCCAGACUCUGGGAUGAUGGUGUAAUUCUACCUCAAAACACUAGAAAGGUAAUUGCACAGUGCUUAGAGAUUAUAGAACAGCAGAAGUACCAGGUUGUAUCUCCGUGGCAGUAUCCCGUCAUCAGAAUGUAACGGCAGCUGUUCUCAAAUAAUCAGCCUUUUAAAGUCAGCACCGUGUACUACAAAUCUUUAAUGGAAAUGAUUUUCUAAUUCUUUGAUACAAUUGAUAAAAACAUUAAAUCAUUGCAGACAAA